GCCCGCGCCUGGACAGCUCUCCCCUCUUCCUUCCUCGGUUUGGAUACAGCUCAUUCCGUAACUGCCCGCUCUCCCCACCUCCCCGCCGUGUGCCCCUCUGGGGGCCAUGUGGUGCCAGUUCUCUUUGGAAUUGUCAGAAAUUUCCUUUCCACUCUGUGGGCAGGAGACGGGUUUCUUAAAAAAAAAGGUCUCCCUUCUCUUUAUUUUCUGUGUCACUCCCUUACCUCCACCUGCCUUCCCGCCCCCUGCUUUCUUUUGAUCGCUCCUUCUCCUCCAAUUCAGUCUCGCCCGUCCCCUCGCCCCGCUGCCCUCCCCCCACGUGUUUGCUCUUUUAAAAUAAUUCAAGGAUGUCUCGGGAAUACUAGCACACUCCUCAUUCAGCCGAGCGCGGGACUCUGCAUUAAUUCAAGAGCAAUGUUCUGUGAUGGUGCCCGAGAUGCGUGGACUGAGUCCAGGCCGCAGGCUGCCCGAGCCCACCCCCUACCCAGCUGCAGGCGGGAGCCCUGAGCCAGGGCCCGCGGGCCGCCACCGCCACGUGCUGGCUCUGCCCGAGGAGGAGGCAUGGCGACCCCAGCAGUGCGCCCUGCUCGAGGCCGACGCCUCGGAGGAAGUGGGCAUACUGCCGGCCUCCCCGCACACCGCCGCCUCCGGCUUCGACAACUUCUUCCCGGUGCAGGAGGGCGAGGGCACAGGCUGGGAGGGCGGCUCCAGCCCCUUCCUCCCCGUGAGCCCGGAGGUGAUGAAGCGGAGGCGCGGGGGCCUCAUCGAGCAGCGCGACAUCAUCAAGGCCCACGAGGCGCACAAGAUGCAGAGCACCCCGCAGGCCCGGCGCAAGGAGUGGGAGAUGGCUCGCUUCGGGGAGGCAGUGGUCGGCAGGCCAGGGUCUGGCGAUGGAGACUCGGACCAGAGCAGGAACCGGCAAGGAACCCCGGUGCCUGCCGCCGGGCAGGCGGCCGCCUACAAGCAGUCGAAAGCGCAGAGGGCGCGGACUAUGGCUUUGUACAACCCCAUUCCUGUCCGGCAGAACUGUUUCACCGUCAACAGAUCCCUGUUCAUCUUCGGAGAAGAUAACAUUGUCAGGAAAUACGCCAAGAAGCUCAUCGAUUGGCCGCCGUUUGAGUACAUGAUCCUGGCCACCAUCAUCGCCAACUGCAUCGUCCUGGCCCUGGAGCAGCAUCUUCCUGAGGAUGACAAGACCCCGAUGUCCCGCAGACUGGAGAAGACGGAACCCUAUUUCAUUGGAAUCUUUUGCUUUGAAGCUGGGAUCAAGAUCGUGGCCCUGGGGUUCAUCUUCCACAAGGGCUCAUACCUCCGCAACGGCUGGAACGUCAUGGACUUCAUCGUGGUUCUCAGCGGCAUCCUGGCCACUGCGGGGACCCACUUCAACACACAUGUGGACCUGAGGACCCUCCGGGCUGUGCGUGUCCUGAGGCCCCUGAAGCUUGUGUCAGGGAUACCCAGCCUGCAGAUCGUGUUGAAGUCCAUCAUGAAGGCCAUGGUGCCCCUUCUGCAGAUCGGCCUCCUGCUCUUCUUCGCCAUCCUGAUGUUCGCUAUCAUUGGCUUGGAGUUCUACAGCGGGAAGCUGCACCGCGCAUGCUUCAUGAACAAUUCAGGUAUUCUAGAAGGAUUUGACCCCCCUCACCCGUGUGGCGUGCAGGGCUGCCCAGCUGGUUAUGAAUGCAAGGACUGGAUCGGCCCCAAUGACGGGAUCACCCAGUUUGAUAACAUCCUCUUUGCUGUGCUGACUGUCUUCCAGUGCAUCACCAUGGAAGGGUGGACCACCGUGCUGUACAAUACCAAUGAUGCCUUAGGAGCCACCUGGAAUUGGCUGUACUUCAUCCCCCUCAUCAUCAUUGGAUCCUUCUUUGUUCUCAACCUAGUCCUGGGAGUGCUUUCCGGGGAAUUUGCCAAAGAGAGAGAGAGAGUGGAGAACCGGAGGGCUUUCAUGAAGCUGCGGCGCCAGCAGCAGAUUGAGCGGGAGCUGAACGGGUACCGCGCCUGGAUCGACAAAGCGGAGGAAGUCAUGCUUGCUGAAGAAAAUAAAAAUGCUGGCACGUCAGCCUUGGAAGUGCUUCGAAGGGCCACCAUCAAACGCAGCCGCACGGAGGUCAUGACUCGAGACUCCAGCGACGAGCACUGUGUGGAUAUCUCCUCCGUGGGCACACCCCUCGCCCGAGCCAGCAUCAAAAGCGCAAAGGUGGACGGGGCCUCCUAUUUCCGGCACAAGGAGAGGCUUCUGCGCAUCUCUGUCCGCCACAUGGUGAAAUCCCAGGUGUUUUACUGGAUUGUGCUGAGCCUGGUGGCUCUCAACACCGCCUGCGUGGCCAUCGUCCAUCACAACCAGCCCCAGUGGCUCACCCACUUCCUCUACUAUGCAGAAUUUCUGUUUCUGGGACUCUUCCUCUUGGAGAUGUCCCUGAAGAUGUACGGCAUGGGGCCUCGCCUUUAUUUCCACUCUUCCUUCAACUGCUUUGAUUUUGGGGUCACGGUGGGCAGUAUCUUUGAAGUGGUCUGGGCCAUCUUCAGACCUGGGACAUCUUUUGGAAUCAGUGUCUUGCGAGCUCUCCGGCUUCUAAGAAUAUUUAAAAUAACCAAGUACUGGGCAUCCCUACGGAAUUUGGUGGUUUCCUUGAUGAGUUCCAUGAAGUCUAUCAUCAGUUUGCUCUUCCUCCUCUUCCUCUUCAUCGUUGUCUUUGCUCUCCUAGGAAUGCAGCUGUUUGGAGGCAGGUUUAACUUUAAUGAUGGGACUCCUUCGGCAAACUUUGACACUUUCCCUGCAGCCAUCAUGACUGUAUUCCAGAUCCUGACAGGCGAGGACUGGAAUGAGGUGAUGUACAACGGGAUCCGCUCCCAGGGUGGGGUCAGCUCAGGCAUGUGGUCAGCCAUCUAUUUCAUUGUGCUCACCUUGUUUGGAAACUACACGCUGCUGAAUGUGUUCUUGGCCAUCGCUGUGGACAAUCUGGCCAACGCCCAGGAGCUGACCAAGGAUGAGCAGGAAGAAGAGGAGGCUUUCAACCAGAAGCACGCGCUGCAGAAGGCCAAGGAGGUCAGCCCGAUGUCCGCACCCAACAUGCCUUCUAUCGAAAGAGACAGAAGGAGAAGACACCACAUGUCGAUGUGGGAGCCACGCAGCAGCCACCUGCGGGAGCGGAGGCGCCGCCACCACAUGUCGGUGUGGGAGCAGCGCACCAGCCAGCUGAGGCGGCACAUGCAGAUGUCCAGCCAGGAGGCCCUCAACAAGGAGGAGGCCCCGCCCAUGAACCCGCUCAACCCCCUCAACCCACUGAGCCCCCUCAACCCGCUCAACGCCCACCCCAGCCUCUACCGGAGAUCCCGGCCCCUGGAGGGGCUGGCCCUGGGCCUGGGCCUGGAGAAGUGUGAGGAGGAGCGCAUCAGCCGCGGGGGGUCCCUCAAGGGGGACGCAGGGGACCUCUCCAGUGCCCUGGACCACCAGAGGAGCCCCUUGCCGCUGGGCAAACGGGAGCCCUCCUCCGCCUCCCAGAGCCGGUCGGCCAGCCAGGAGCGGGGCCUGGAUGACGGCGCGCCCACCGAGGGGGAGAAGGACCGUGAGCCCAGGGGCGGCCAUGGGGGCAAGGAGCCCACCAUCCAGGAAGAAGAGAGAGCCCAGGACUUGAGGAGGACCAACAGUCUGAUGGUGCCCCGAGGCUCUGGGCUGGCAGGAGCCCUGGACGAGUCUGACACCCCCCUCGUCCCGCCAAACACAGAACCGGAAGAGGGGAAGGCGCUGACGGAGCAGGAGCCUGAGGGCAGCAGCGAGCAAGCCCUGCUGGGGGACGUGCAGCUGAACGUGGGCCGGGUCAGCCAGAGCGAGCCCGACCUCUCCUGCGUCACGGCCAACACGGACAAGGCCGCCACCGAGAGCACCAGCGUCACUGUCGCCAUCCCCGACGUGGACCCCCUGGUGGACUCGACCGUGGUGCACAUCAGCAACAAGACUGAUGGCGAAGCCAGUCCCUUGAAGGAGGCAGAGAUCAAAGAGGAGGAGGAGGAAGAGGAGAAGAGGCAGAAGAAGGAGAAGCGGGAGACGGGCAAAGCCAUGGUGCCCCACAGCUCCAUGUUUAUCUUCAGCACCACCAACCCGAUCCGCAGGGCUUGUCACUACAUCGUGAACUUGCGCUACUUUGAGAUGUGCAUUCUCCUGGUGAUCGCGGCCAGCAGCAUCGCCCUGGCGGCCGAGGACCCGGUCCUGACCAACUCGGAGCGCAACAGAGUCCUGCGGUAUUUUGACUAUGUUUUCACGGGCGUGUUCACCUUUGAGAUGGUUAUAAAGAUGAUCGACCAGGGCUUGAUUCUGCAGGACGGGUCCUACUUCCGAGACCUGUGGAACAUCCUGGACUUCGUGGUGGUGGUUGGUGCGCUGGUGGCCUUUGCUUUGGCAAACGCUUUGGGAACCAACAAGGGGCGGGACAUCAAGACCAUCAAGUCCCUGCGGGUGCUCCGCGUGCUGAGGCCUCUGAAGACCAUCAAGCGCCUGCCCAAGCUCAAGGCUGUCUUUGACUGCGUGGUGACCUCACUGAAGAACGUCUUCAACAUCCUCAUUGUCUACAAGCUCUUCAUGUUCAUCUUUGCUGUUAUCGCCGUUCAGCUCUUCAAGGGAAAGUUCUUUUAUUGCACGGACAGUUCCAAGGACACAGAGAAGGAGUGCAUAGGCAACUACGUAGAUCACGAGAAAAACAAGAUGGAGGUGAAAGGUCGGGAAUGGAAGCGCCAUGAAUUCCACUACGACAACAUCAUCUGGGCUCUGCUGACCCUCUUCACCGUCUCCACAGGGGAAGGAUGGCCUCAGGUUUUGCAGCAUUCUGUCGAUGUGACGGAGGAAGACCGAGGCCCGAGCCGCAGCAACCGCAUGGAGAUGUCCAUCUUUUACGUGGUCUACUUUGUGGUCUUCCCUUUCUUCUUUGUCAACAUCUUCGUGGCUCUCAUCAUCAUCACCUUCCAGGAGCAAGGGGACAAGAUGAUGGAGGAGUGCAGCCUGGAGAAGAACGAGAGGGCGUGUAUCGACUUCGCCAUCAGCGCCAAGCCGCUCACCCGCUACAUGCCGCAGAACAGGCACACCUUCCAGUACCGCGUCUGGCACUUUGUGGUGUCUCCAUCCUUUGAGUACACCAUCAUGGCCAUGAUCGCCUUGAACACCAUCGUGCUGAUGAUGAAGUACUACUCUGCACCCUGUACUUAUGAGCUGGCCCUGAAGUACCUGAAUAUCGCCUUCACCAUGGUGUUUUCCUUGGAAUGUGUCCUGAAGAUCAUCGCGUUUGGCUUCUUGAACUAUUUCCGAGACACCUGGAAUAUCUUCGACUUCAUCACCGUGAUUGGCAGCAUCACAGAAAUCGUUCUGACGGACAGCAAGCUGGUGAACACCAGCGGCUUCAAUAUGAGCUUCCUGAAGCUCUUCCGCGCCGCCCGCCUCAUCAAGCUUCUGCGUCAGGGCUACACCAUCCGGAUUUUGCUCUGGACCUUCGUGCAGUCCUUCAAGGCCCUGCCCUACGUCUGCCUUUUGAUCGCCAUGUUGUUCUUCAUCUAUGCCAUCAUUGGGAUGCAGGUAUUUGGAAACAUAAAGUUGGAUGAGGAGAGUCACAUCAACCGGCACAACAACUUCCGGAGUUUCUUUGGGUCCCUCAUGCUGCUCUUCAGGAGUGCCACAGGCGAGGCCUGGCAGGAGAUAAUGCUGUCGUGCCUCGGGGAGAAAGGCUGUGAGCCCGACACCACGGCGCCCUCCGGGCAGAACGAGAACGAACGCUGCGGCACCGAUCUGGCCUACGUUUACUUUGUCUCCUUCAUCUUCUUCUGCUCCUUCUUGAUGCUCAACCUGUUCGUGGCCGUCAUCAUGGACAACUUUGAGUACCUGACUCGGGACUCGUCCAUCCUGGGGCCUCACCACUUGGAUGAGUUUGUCCGCGUCUGGGCAGAAUACGACAGAGCUGCAUGUGGCCGCAUCCAUUACACUGAGAUGUAUGAAAUGCUGACUCUCAUGUCACCACCGCUAGGCCUCGGCAAGAGAUGCCCCUCCAAAGUGGCCUAUAAGAGGUUGGUCCUGAUGAAUAUGCCCGUGGCUGAGGACAUGACAGUGCACUUCACCUCCACCCUGAUGGCUCUCAUCCGGACUGCUCUGGACAUCAAGAUCGCCAAAGGUGGUGCUGACAGGCAGCAGCUAGACUCGGAGCUACAGAAAGAGACCCUGGCCAUCUGGCCUCACCUGUCCCAGAAGAUGCUAGAUCUGCUUGUGCCCAUGCCCAAAGCCUCUGACCUGACUGUGGGCAAAAUCUAUGCAGCAAUGAUGAUCAUGGACUACUAUAAGCAGAGUAAGGUGAAGAAGCAGAGGCAGCAGCUGGAGGAACAGAAAAAUGCACCCAUGUUCCAGCGCAUGGAGCCCUCGUCUCUGCCGCAGGAGAUCAUCGCCAAUGCCAAAGCUCUGCCUUACCUCCAGCAGGACCCCGCUCCAGGCCUGAGUGGCCGAAGUGGGUACCCUUCGAUGAGUCCGCUCUCCCCCCAGGAAAUAUUCCAGCUGGCAUGUAUGGACUCAGCCGAUGACGGACAGUUCCAGGAGGAGCAGGCUCUGGAGCCAGAGUUUAGUGAAUUAAAAAGCGUGCAGCCCUCUAACCAUGGCAUCUACCUUCCUCCGGACACCCAGGAGCAUGCGGGAUCGGGGAGGGCAUCCUCUAUGCCACGCCUGACUGUGGAUCCCCAGGUAGUAACAGACCCCAGCUCCAUGAGACGUUCGUUUUCCACUAUUCGGGACAAGCGCUCAAACUCCUCGUGGUUGGAGGAAUUCUCCAUGGAGCGAAGCAGUGAAAACACCUACAAGUCCCGGCGCCGGAGUUACCACUCCUCCCUGCGGCUGUCAGCCCACCGCCUGAACUCGGACUCGGGCCACAAGUCCGACACCCACCGCUCAGGGGGCAGAGAACGGGGACGAUCGAAAGAGCGAAAGCAUCUUCUCUCCCCUGACGUCUCCCGCUGCAACUCAGAGGAGCGAGGGACCCAGGCCGACUGGGAGUCCCCAGAGCGUCGCCAGUCCAGGUCGCCCAGUGAGGGCAGGUCACCGACGCCCAACAGACAGGGCACGGGCUCCUUGAGUGAAAGCUCCAUCCCCUCCAUCUCUGACACCAGCACCCCAAGACGAAGUCGUCGUCAGCUCCCACCCGUCCCCCCGAAGCCUCGGCCCCUCCUGUCCUACAGCUCACUGAUUCGACACACGGGAAGCAUCUCUCCCCCGGCGGAUGGGAGCGAGGGCGGCUCCCCGCUGACCUCCCAGGCUCCGGAGAGCAACGACGCUGGCCUGCCCGAGUCUUCCAGGCCCCUGCACGGCCACCCCUCCCCGCAGCGCUACAUCUCCGAGCCCUACCUGGCCCUGCAAGAAGACGCCCAAGCCUCGGACUGCGGCGAGGAGGAGACGCUCACCUUCGAAGCGGCCGUGGCCACCAGCCUGGGCCGUGCCAACACCAUCGGCUCAGCCCCGCCCCUGCGACACAGCUGGCAGAUGCCCAACGGGCACUAUCGGCGGCGGAGGCGUGGGGGCCCGGGGCCGGGCAUGAUGUGUGGAGCAGUCAGCGACCUCCUGAGUGACACGGAAGAAGACGACAAAUGCUAGAGGCUGCUCCCCCCUCCGAUGCAUGCUCUUCUCUCACACUGAGAAAACCAAGACCGAAUUGGGAAGCCAGUGCGGCCCGGGGGGGAGGAGGAGGGAAGGACCGUGUGCUUAUCAGAGGAGGAAAGGACCCACGGCCACCAGUCGAACCCACCAAAUUGCUUUACUUCCCUUUGCAAGAUGGGCACUGCCAUAGUUCUGCCUCUUUGCUGGGGAAAGAAGACGAAAGAACAUGGAGGGUGUCCCCUGGAGAGGGGUCAUCGGGAUUGCUCUGCUUCCACUGCCCCUUCCCACUUUUCUAAAAGCCGUGGAGGAAGUGAGCUGGCCUGUGUCCAUGUCCAUUGCCCUGCGACGCCUGGAAGCCUUUCUGGCUCAUAACUGGGGGGGCGGGGGGUUGUGGCAACCCUAGGAGGGGAGUCUCCUCCCUCCCUCACCAGCUCCCCACCAGCACCAUCCGCUGGGGCCACUGCAUCUCACGCGUCACCCUAGGGCUGGCUUCCCCAAAGAAGCACAGACUAAGUUCAGGAGCAUCGGAUGCCAGGGGUGGGGCGGGGAGGGAGGGGUGGCCUGGAGGGGUCAGGGUGCUGUGGCAGCAGCAGCAGCCAGGGCUGGUCUGGACCAGCAAAGCCAUAGCCCAGCAGCCCACGUGGAGGAGCGGUCAGAGCAGCGGUGCUGGGGCGGCAGGCCUAUCAUGCACAGUAGGUGCUUUGAGUGUUAAGAUGGGCUAAGGAGGUCCCCCAGGGUCCACAGACAUGCCUGCGGCGCUGGUAAGGGCGGUGUGGCCAGGGACCCAGCUGGUGAGAACGGGGUCUGGCCUUAGGCUGGUCAGAGGGAGCCCUGAGGGCAGGGCAGGGCCAUGUGGCAGGAGCACCAAGGGCCUCAAGGCAGAGUCUGGUUUCCACCCAGAAUAGAAGUAAUUCCAAAUGGGGGACAGUGCUGCGGCAGGACCAGCCCAUCCUGGCUGGCGGCCGUGGGCCUCUGGGCCCAGCCUUCCCUGCCACUCCCCCGAGGAGACAGUACGCCUAGUAAGGACUACGAUAGAGGUGUGAAAGGCUAGCACAGAGGUCGGCAAACCACGGCUCGCGAGCCACAUGCAGCUCUUUGGCCCUGUGG